GAAAAGAAGAGUGUAAAGACACUUGAUUACACUUGGAGCAACAUUUUAAUAGACUUGAAUAGAAAGAUCUGCUAUGGCCAACCACAAGGGUUUGAUUAUUGAUGUGGAUCCGAGAAGUCAUGAAAACAACUUGGCUCACCGCACCAGGGAGAUUGAUAGGGAGCGCCUGAUUGUCCGCAGGGGUCAACCCUUCUCCAUAACUGUGCAGUGCUCUGGGUCUCUGCCCCCCAAACACCACCUGGAACUGGUCCUGCACCUUGGUAAGAGAGACGAGGUGGUGAUCAAGGUUCAGAAGGAGCGUGGGGACGGAGACAAGUGGUGGUUUAACCAGCAGCGAGCGCAGGAUGAAAUGCUGUUGACUGUGCACAGUCCAUCGGACGCCCUCAUUGGCCAGUACCGUCUGGCCGUGUUGAUGAUGUCACCUGACGGACGCAUUUUAGAGAAGACCGACAAAAUUAGGUUCCACCUGCUCUUUAACCCGUGGUGCAAAGAUGAUGUGGUGUACCUCCCCGAUGAGAGUCUGCUCGAGGAGUAUGUUAUGAAUGAAGAUGGACUCAUUUAUAUGGGGGCCUCGGAUUACAUCAAUAGUAUUCCCUGGAAUUAUGGACAGUUUGAGGACUUUGUGAUGGAUAUCUGUUUUGAAGUCCUGGACAACUCCAAGGAGGCCCUGAAAAACUCUGAGACAGACAUUGAGCAGAGAUGUGACCCCGUCUAUGUCAGCAGGAUAAUCACUGCGAUGGUGAACUCUCAAGGUGACAGGGGUGUGUUGACCGGUCGCUGGCACGAGCCGUACACUGAUGGAGUCUCACCGCAAAAAUGGACCGGCAGCGUGCCGAUCCUCCAACAGUGGAGCAAGGCCGGGGUGAGGGCGGUCAAAUAUGGCCAGUGCUGGGUGUUUGCUGCCGUCGCUUGCACAGUGCUGCGCUGUCUGGGAAUCCCAACACGCCUCAUCACCAACUUCUCUUCAGCCCAUGAUGUCGAUGGAAACCUCUCUCUAGACUUCCUGCUGAAUGAAAAACUGGAGAGGAUAGAGCAAAACAAUAACGACAGCUCCUGGAACUUCCACUGUUGGGUCGAGUCCUGGAUGAGGAGAGAUGAUCUCCCCAAAGGAAAUGAUGGCUGGCAGGUUUUGGACCCCACCCCUCAAGAACUGAGUGAUGGUGAGUAUUGCUGUGGUCCGUGUCCGGUGACGGCCAUCAAGGAGGGAAAUCUGGGAGUAAAGUAUGACACUCCAUUUAUAUUCGCUGAGGUGAACGCUGAUAUCAUCCACUGGAUUGUCCAACGAGAUGGCCAACGGCGCAAGAUCAGAGUGGACCAGGCGACUGUGGGGAGGAACAUUAGCACCAAAAGUGUUUACGGCAACCAAAGAGAAGAUGUCACUUGGCACUACAAAUAUCCUGAGGGCUCCAAGAAGGAGAGAGAGGUGUACGAGAAGGCGGGACGCCGGGUCACAGAGCCAACCAAUGGGAGCGUAGAACCAACACAACUGGAGAUUUCAAUCAAGCAUGCUAAACCUGUAUUUGGGACAGACUUUGAUGUGAUUGUUGAGGUGAAGAAUGAAGGAGGCAGAGACGCUCAUGCUCAGCUGACCGUACUGGUCACGGCUGUAACUUACAACAGUCUCCACCGAGGGGAGUGCCAGAGACAAGCAAUCAGUUUGAGAGUGCCAGCUUAUGAAGCCCACAAGGAAGUGCUGCGUCUGCACUAUGACGACUAUGCCAAGUGUGCCUCUGAUCAUCAUCUGAUCAGGGUGAGAGCCUUCUUAGAGGCUUCAGGGGAGAGCGAACCCAUCAUGACCGAGGCCAACAUCCCACUGAGCAUGCCUGAACUCCUCGUACAGGUGCCUGGGAAGGCUGUUUUAUGGGAAGAAGUAACAGCCUACAUCUCCUUCACCAACCCUCUACCGGUUCAUCUGAAGGGUGGCGUGUUCACUGUAGAGGGAGCCGGCCUACUGUCGGCCACUGAGGUCCAUGUUAAGGGUGAUAUAGCUCCAGGCCAGAAGGUGUCUGUCAAGCUCUCGUUCUCACCCGUGCGGACCGGGACCAAGAAGCUCCUGGUGGACUUUGACUCUGACAGACUGAAGGACGUGAAGGGAGUCGCCACUGUGCUUGUCCGCAAGAGGUACAGCCGACAUUAUUAAAAACCUUUGAGCUGACUGAAAGUGACACAUCUUGUAUUGUGAGAUGGAUGACUGUGACCUUAUCCACAAAGAAAUAGUGGUGUUUAAUUACCUUAAAGCCACUAUGUGUCAGAUUUGAAUAUUUUUGACUUUGCAUUAUCCUUGGCACUAGAUGCCCACAUGAAAAAGCACAGAAAGACGGCCUUAAGAUGGCAAAUAAUGUAAACACAGAAGUGAUUUUUUACUUUUCGUUUAUGUUCCUCCUCUGUACUAUUUAAUUUCUGACUGAAUCACCAAAUUUAAGAAGUUUCCUUAUAUCUUUGUUACCUGGUCCAAAUCACCACGGAUUUCUAAUCCCUGAUAAUGAAAUGAAAUGAAAACCAUCAGGGCCUUCAGUCCUGAGGUGCAGGGUUAAAAACAUUAUGCUAUAUGCUUUGUUAUAUAUAUUUGUUGAAAAGUGAAUGUGAUUUCACAAAAUCUGUUGUUGUAUGUUUUGUUUG